AUGGUGACAGUCACGUUGCAAGAAACCUCGCCAUUUGAUGGGCAAAAACCCGGCACAUCAGGCUUAAGGAAAGCUGUCCAAGUUUUCCAGCAACAACACUAUACAGAGAAUUUCGUACAAUGUAUUAUAGACUCAAUCCCAGUGGAAAAAAGGCGAGGAUGUACUUUGGUUGUCGGAGGGGAUGGAAGAUUCUUUAUGCGAGAGGCUGUUUUAAUUAUCGUCAGAAUGGCAGCCGCAAACGAAGUAUGUUAUUUGUCUAGUCGUAUUGGAGUAUCCUGCGAGGAAUUUCAGAAAAAUCGGCCGUCAUUUUUUUGUUAUUUGUGAAGGUUUUGUUGUAUAGAUUGUUUGUUUUAUAAAUAUUUUAAUUUGUAGGUGAACUUUGAAUGAUCUUCUUUCUUGACGCGUGGCAACAGAAACGAUUAAAAAUAUUGAAAUGGUUUAGAAUAAGGUUAUCUACGUAACAGUAAUUGUUUAUUAUUUAAAUUUUCCUAUGAUUGGUCAUUUGGAGCGAACAGUAUCGCUAUUAGGCAAUCGCAAAAAUUCCUUGAGGAAUAUUUUGAUUGAUACGUUGAUCAAUGGUCAGGAUGACAAUUGGAUUCCUGUCACCCCCUCCCCCCUCCCCCCUCGCGUGUUUUUAUGUUCAUAUAUAUUUUGAUAAGGUCGUUUCUCUUAGUCCACACCAUGAUGAAGAUUUGUAACCCACAUGAGCAUAAUCUUGAAAGCAUUUCAAACCAGACUGAGUUUGUGAUAAACAGACCCAAACAGAUUACAUAACAUAUGCACCUUCAGAUGAGAGUCUGUGAAUUGAUAUUAUGUUUUGAAAACUUCAAAUACUCCAGACCACCGGCCACCUUGAAUUCCAAACCAGAGAAUUUGAGGACCAUUUUGGUUAGAGAAGUGGGUGAGAUGUCGACAAAGCCCCAUACUUCACUAUGCAUACUUUUACAGUUCUUUGAGAAAGAAAAAAUCAUGUAGGUGAUAUGUUUUUUAUGACUCUUUUUGUAUCCAGAUCGGCCAACUUGUUAUUGGUCAGGGUGGCAUCUUUUCAACCCCAGCUGUAUCCUGCAUUAUUAGAAAAAUGAAAGCAACAGGUUGGAAUACAUGCUUGUGAAUAUUGAUAGUUAUAUGUAUUAUGAUGCUUGCAUAUCCACUGUGCUCACUGUACGGUUAAGCCUACUCAGUAUCAACAAUUAUCCAUCAAAGUGGAGGUGAAUAUUAUUGGUGGAUAUUUAGCAAGCAGUGGUGCAAUAUGUCACAUGCAUUAAUUUUCACCAUUACUUUUUGCAUUACUGCACUAGCUACUUUACAUCAUGUCCUAGAAAAUUACAAGACAGGUCUCAUGUAAUAACCCCUGUCUAUGUUGAUUAUUCAUAUCGAAAAGGAACAAAGCCAGCAGAGAAAAGCCAACUCAAGUGUUUUAAUUUUUUUUCAUCUUUAUCAUUUUACACAGAAGAAAAAAAAACUUGUUCAGUAUAGUCCAGUGAUAGUGACUUUAAAAAGAUUAUCAUUAAUACACAUCUACCAUUAGAUCAACACUGAUUUUUUCAUGAGUGCUUUUCAUGUGAUAUGAAAAUGAAUGGGAGGGUUAUGAAAUAAAUAAACCCCCUCUGGCCUGCUGGUAUAUUGGCUGAUAAUGUCCUUAGCUGAGAGAUUGUCCUAAAAAUAUCACAUUUCACACUUCACUUCUCUGCCAAAUUUUUUUUUGGACAAUCUGUCAACUGCAGACAUUAUCAGCUGACAUAACAGCUGCCCAAAAGGGUUUAUUACCUAAAUAUCCGGUCAAUUUUUAUGGACAGUGAGGUGAAUAUUUGUUUUUGAUUAGUAUAUAUCACAUCAUGGAAACUAAAAAGUCAGGUUAUUCCUGUAAAUGUAGGGAAAUAUAGUCAGAAGUAAAACAUUCUUGGGGUUAAAGGGUUGAUGAUACACAUUGUACAAUGUAUUUAUUUGUUUUGUAGGUGGGAUUCUUCUUACUGCAAGCCACAAUCCAGGAGGACCUGAUGGUGAUUUUGGAAUCAAGUAUAACAUUGAGAAUGGAGGUAUUGAUAAUUUUGUGAACCCUUUAACUUCCAAGAUCUGAUUGUUGAUUCUCGCGUCAAGCUGUGACACAUUUCCAUGUAAUUUAGUUACAAGAAUUUGGUGUUAUAUCAUGAUAACAACCUCUAACUGAUAAGUUUGAGUAAUCUCAUUACCUGUUUGUUGGAUAGUGUAUGUAUAUUGUAGGGAGAAGUUACAUAUAAAUCACUUCAGGGAGUUAAAGGGUUAAUUGGAAACAAUUCUCUACAAAGCUGUACUGACAAUUUAUAACCCUUUCACUCUUACUAGCAAUACAAGCUCAACUGCCGACACUGUCUGCUAGACACUUCUUACAAUUUGAGCUCUAAAAAUAGUUUGGUGAUGAAUCUAGGAGUGUCUCCUCUAACUGACAUUUCCCUUUCCUCAAAUUGCCUUUCUGUUUGAAAGUAACAGUAAUAUUGUAAAAAGAAAUUUUUCAUUCAUCACUGCUUGGAGUGAAAGGUUUAAGAUGUUUUUUGACUAAAAUGGAAUGUACAUAUAUCUGAAUGUAGUAUUAGUUUGGAGAAUUUGGUGUUGGAUUAACUAAUAAUUCCAUCAUUUAUACUUUUCGUUAUUCUCUUCACACGUCUGCUUGAUAUUUUUUUGACAUUGUGAGGAGAAAUUCUGUCUUGGUCACUCGUGGAAGUGAAGGGGUUCUGUAAUAGAUUGCAUUUUCUACUGGUUUGUUUGCAUAAUACUGGUAACCCAUCUGGGAUGUUGGGAGAACACUAAAAAACUUUGAAAAUCAUGUGUAGGAUGUGAAAGGGUUAAGGAUUUAUUGACAUUACUUUUCCUUUCUCUAAGGUCCAGCUCCAGAGGCCAUCACCAAUGAGAUUUUCUCAAAAACAAAAACAAUAAAAUCAUACAAAAUCUGUCAUGAUAUUACUGUCGAUCUUGAUACUAUUGGAAGCCAAUCCUGGGAGAUAGAAGGACAUACUUUUACUGUGAUGAUAAAGGACUCAGUAGAGGAUUACACAUUGCUCAUGAAGGAGAUUUUUGACUUUGAUCUGCUAAAAACAUUGAUUGCUGGAACGGAUGGUCAAGCACCAUUCAAGUUUAUUGCCAGUGCUAUGCAUGGAGGUAGGUUUCUCUAUGAAAUAAGGAUUUCUUUUAUUUAUAGGAUACUUUAGUUUUAUCAUCUGUGUUGAUAACUGUAAAUUGGCUACUGCUUAAACCCUCUAUGGUUGCCAGUUUUCUCUCCACAAAACUAAAAACUCAGUCUCCUAGAUUUUAAAUUACUUGGAAAUGGUAGAUAAACCCUGUAGAUUUGCUUGAGUCAAAUGGGUGUAAUUUAUUGGAUGAUGCAUCUUUUUUUUUUUCUUUCUUUUUUUCAUCAACAGUGACUGGUCCAUAUUUGAAGAGAAUCCUAUGUCAGGAACUGGGUGCACCUGAAUCUUACACCUUGAAGUGUGAACCAAAAGAAGAUUUUGGGGGUAGGUGUGGUUUUUCAAUUACCCCUUUAAGUCCCACUAGUGACCCAGAUAUAAUUUCUCCUUACACUAUCUGUACAAUAUCAACCAGACAAGUAAUGAGAAUAAAGAAAAACAUCAAUUUGGAGAAUAUUGUUUGGUCCAUUUCCAAAUUCUCCAAACUAACGUCAUAUAAAUUGUAUGGCAUACAGUAAAGAGAAUUAUUAAUGAGAUCUUGGGAGUUAAAGUUUUAAUAUUUUGUCCUUUGCUCAUGGGGGGUCUUGGUACUGGACCUAAGGCAUCACGGGAAUAGCAUGUUGCCCUGGACGUUGAUUAAAUGCUUAAGGCUAGAAUUUGAUGCAGAAACAUUGAAUUGUGCUAUGUGAUCUUGGAGUAUAGUCACUGUGGUCUUUGACAGACUUGUUGUCAGUGGAAUUACUCAUCCUGAAGUCAAAGAUUUUUUGGGAAUAUAUGUUAAUUUUCCUAAGAUUUUUACAGUACUGUGAUUUGCUGAUAAGUUAUGUUUGCUUUCAGGUCAUCACCCUGAUCCUAAUCAAACAUAUGCCUCUGAUCUUGUGAAUCUGCUUAAAAAGGGAGAACAUCAGCUGGGUGCAGCUUUUGAUGGUGACGGGGUAAGAACUUCUCUGCUAUCUUACUACAAGUCAUUUUACAGUUGUGUACUUAGUUACCAAGCCUUUGAUUUGGAGUGAGGCUGAAGGUGAUCUGGUUGUGAUAGACUAGUAUCUAGUUCGCAUGAAAACAAUUAAUAAAAGUAAUUCACAUUUGGAGAGCAACAAGGUUUGUAUCACAACAAGGUCACCCUUAGCCUCACUCACAUUCAAAGGCUUGGCAAUCAAGCACACAACUAUAAAAUAGACUAUUGGUGAGAGAUGUGUUGGUGAAAUGAUUGAGAGCUCUAAGAGCCUCUUUAUUUGUGAUCAUUUCCUUUAUUCUCAUGACCUUUAUGUGUGAUUCAGGGAUGAUAUUGUAUAGAGAAAUUAGAUGCAAGAUAUUCACUCUCAGGGGUAAAAGGAUUAAAAUAAUAUUUGACUGUUCGUUGACAUAAGGUCUAUACUUCACAGGAUCGUAACAUGAUUCUUGGGCAAAAUGGAUUCUUUGUGACUCCAUCAGAUUCUGUUGCAGUUAUUGCCGAUAAUGCUACAUGCAUUCCAUACUUUGUCAAGACAGGGUUGAAGGGUGUGGCCCGUAGCAUGCCAACAAGUGCUGCUAUUGACAGAGUGGGACAGAAAUUGGGGGUUGAAUGCUUUGAAGUACCAACUGGUGAGGCCUGCUUGUGUUACCUACUAUAUCCCUAUUACCAUUAAUAUGUAUCAAUACUCACAUUUAAGACCACUUACCAAAGGAUUUUUUUUUAAUUAGCGUCCACUACAAAUUGUAUAAUACUUCACCACUACCAAAUACUUGAAAGCAAUACUUUUACACUGGCAAUAUGUAUUUUGGUUAAUGUGCCAUAGUGUUAGUAUAGGUUAUAACAUGAUUUUGAGUGCAAUUUUGUGUAAUAAGCAAGAGUAAAUUUUUCAAAGGCAACAAAAUUACACAAGCCAGUAGGUCAAGUGCAAUUUUUUCAUGAUUUUUUCAUGAUUUUUUCAUGUACAUUAUUAGGCUGGAAAUUCUUUGGAAACCUGAUGGAUGCUCAGCGUUUAUCACUUUGUGGUGAAGAGAGCUUUGGUACAGGAUCAGAUCACAUCAGGGAGAAAGAUGGUGUCUGGGCAUUCCUUGGUAAGGAUAUAAUAUUAAAAAUAGUGGGAGACUGUAUAGAUUAUCAGAUGAAAAUUUUUUACAGAUUUCUUUUUUGUGGGUAGAUUUCCAGUAAUGCAUGCAUGCAGGAACAAAAAUGGUAGAUUUUAUGAAAUUUGAAUGAAUGUUCAUGGAUUUGACAGUUUUGGCAAAUUUUUGGUCAAAUUUGUCAAAGAAGAAUCAACUUGGUGGAAUUGAUGAUUUUGAUCAAUUUUAGUCAAACUUGUCAAAGGGAAAUCAGCUUGGUGGAAUUGAUCUUGGGCAAAUAUCAGUCAAAUUAGUCUAAGGGAAAUUAGCUCAACAGAUUUGAUGAUUUAGUGGAAUUUUCACUAUUUUCGUCACUGCAUGCAUUUCUGGACAUAUCUCUAGGAGUUGUUUACAAUAGGCAUUAGCAUGUAAAGUGAGGAUGUGGCAUAGCUGGUUGUAAGAGUAAGCUGCAGAGAGGUGAUGCAUGUAUAUUGCUGUGCAGUUUUGAUUAAGUAUUUGUAUAUCUUAACAGAUCUAUGUGAAUUGUGUGUUUCAGCAUGGCUGUCAAUCAUUGCAAGCAAAAAGAUGUCUGUCCAGGGCAUAUUGAAGGACUUCUGGAAGAAGUAUGGAAGGGGAUUUUUUGUGAGGUACAGUGUAUGUGCAGUGCUCUUCUACUCUUUAAGGUGCCAUAUUCAUUUCAUUUGAUGACUUUGCUAUCAUUAAUGCUUAUUUAAUACAGUAGCUUCCCAUGACUCUUCUCUUACCAUUUAACACUCACAAGAGACCAAGACAGUUUUUAUCCUUACAAUAUCAAUACCAUAUCAACCAGACAAGUGAUGAGAAUAGAGAAAGAUAUCAAUAAGGUGAUUAUUAGAUGAUCGAAUGCCAAAUUCUCUGAACUUACAUCAUAAGAAUUGUAUGACAGACAGUUAGGGAGAAUUACUUACUAAGAGAUCUUGGAAGUGAAAAAGUUAAGGCUGCAAUGUUACAAUUAGUCCAUGUUGAUAAAUUUACCCUGAAUUUUUCAAGGUUUGUUGAUUUGAAUUCAUGGUUAUGGUAAUUAUCUUUGUUAAUUUAAAUCAAUUCUGUUUCCGUUUGGUUUAUUCAGAGCCCUUUUGCAAUUGACUACUCCAGGAACACUAUUGAUACUUUAUACUGAAUAUAAUUGCUUACUGACAGGUGUGAUUAUGAGAAUGUAGAAGCUGAGGGAGCCAAAAAGAUGAUUGAAUUGCUAAGACAGACAGCCAAAGAUGAAUCUCUGGUGAAUAAAUCUUUAACAGGAGGCAGUGGCCAGGAUCAGAAGACAUACCAAGUGAAGUCAAUGGAUGACUUUUCCUACACUGAUCCCAUUGAUGGAAUUGUGACAGAGAAACAGGUAAACUGAAUGCUAGAUCUGAUUGUUAAUUCUCCUCUCUAGUGGCUACACAUUUCCUUGUACAUUAGUUAUGAGAACUUAGUGCUAGAUCAAGGUAGCAGCUUCUACUUGAUAAGUUUGAAUAUUCUCAUUAAAUGUUUGUUAAAUAAUGUAUGAAUAUUAUAGGGAGAAGUUUCAUGUUUAUCACUUCUGGGAGCCGAAGGGUUGUUACUGUUUUUAUGCAGAAAUAUAUUUUUUUGUCAUUAAAGAAACAAAUUGAAGGUCAGGAGUGCGAUUCCUUGUGGCCAUGCACUCAGAUUUUAUUCUCUGUCCCACACUCACUGUUGAGAGGUGUGGGUUGGAGACAAAGCUGGUACAGACUUUACCUACCUCUGCCCAUGACAAGACACUCACUGUUGAGAGGUGUGGGUUGGAGACAAAGCUGGUACAGACUUUACCUACCUCUGCCCAUGACCAGACAAAGGACAUCAUUCAUUAUUCAUUACAAAGCUCUAAUGAACCUUUUAUACUUGAUUUAUUUCUUUGAAUGUAUGUUGUUAAAAAUUAACAACAACAAAUGAAUUGUUUGGGGUUUUUUUUAAUGUAUUCUGAGACAUUUUUUUUUGUUAUCAUGGCCCUAGAUAACUAAUCUACAUGAUUGUAUGUUGUCCAUUUAAUGUUUUAACUCCCAUGAGUCACCAAGACAGAAUUUUUUCCUUACAAUAUCAAUACACUAUCAACCAGAUAAGUGAUGAGAAUAAAGAAAAAUAUCAAUUUGGGGAUAGUUAGUUGAUCCAACUCUAAAUUCUCUAAACUAACAUUAUAAGAAUUGUAUGGUUGACAGUAAGGAGAAUUACAAUUAUGAUCUGGGAGUUAAAGGGUUAAAAUCAAGACCCUUGCAGGUGCAUCUUCUUUGGGCAUCUGCUUCUCAACUCCCAGAUUUACUUUGUUCCUUCAUUCCUGUAGUCCAUCUCUUGUCUGUUUUGGCAGUCCAUGAACCUGAUCUGUCACAAUAGUUCAAUGAAUUGGGGGUCACUGAUGUGUACUGAAUUAAAAAUUCACUGCUUUUUAAAAAAAUGUUUUUAGCUUAGGUGAUGUGAAUAGUCCUAAACGAUUCUACAUAGGGGGUUUACAUGAUUUUCACUGAUGGAUUAUGUGCUAUCUUCUGUCUGUCACAAUAGUCCAAGGAAUUGGGAUCAUUGAUGUGUACUUAUGAACUUAAAAGCAUUGUUUUUUAACAAAAUUGUUUCUAGCUUAGGUGAUUAAAACAGUCUUUAAUGAUUCUACACAGGGGGUUCGCAUGAUUUUCACUGAUGGAUCACGUGUCAUCUUCCGUCUGAGUGGCACAGGAAGUGCUGGUGCAACUAUUCGUGUUUAUGUGGAAAGUUAUGAACCAGAUGAAUCUAAACAUUUACUGGAUGCUCAGGUAUGGAUUUUUACCACACUUACAUGUCAUGUUUAGAAUCAGCACUGCAUGAAAACUGGUGGCAAAAGAGCUGAGAGGAAAGAUUAAGGGUUAACAAUAAUGGAAACACCAGCUUUAGAAACUCUUUACAGUGGCCAGUUUACAUUAUCAACUCAGUUGAUAAUACCCCCCUCUGAUGCAGCACAAUGUCUUUCAAAACUUACCCUCGUUAUUCAUGAGGAAAGAUGGCGUACACAGCUGAAGUUAUAGAGUUUCACUUACCAUUGCUCAACUGGGUUUUAGCCUUGUGCUUACUUGUAAAUCUAGUUUUUAUCCAAGGUGCCAAUGAAAGUUUUUUAUUUGCGUAAUUGAUGGAUUUGGAUAGCUGAGACAUUGGUACUGCCUGAAGUCUUAGGCAAAUGUGAAAUUUAAAUCUUUUGUUGGUGGAUAAAUUUUGAUAACAAUUGAAAAAAAGGAAUUAUGAUCAGAUUCCUUUUAAGGAAAGAAGAGCUCUCUGAAAUGUCCCCUGCCCCCAACAUUUGGCUUCACAGCUCAGUUAAUAGUAGCCCCAAACUAGUAUCUACAGGGGCACAGAUUUGACUCCCCUUGAAGCCUAAAUUUUUUCAAGUUUUCUUCCUGCAACCAAUUAAUUUGUUGCUCAACUGCCAGGAUCAUAGCUUUACUUGAAUACAUUCUCUUUGUAGAUUGUUCUCAAACCCCUACUAGACAUAGCACUCAAAGUCUCAAAGCUGCAAGAGUUCACUGGCCGAGAAAUACCCACUGUUAUAACAUAACACAAUGGACAAGUGCAACUGACACACAGAUAAAUGUUCCAUGAGAAGGUACAUACUGUUGAACAGAACAGAUUCAUUUGUCACCUCAACACAGAUAUGGAUUACCGUAUUGGUUAA